AUGAUCAAAUAAUUAUUUAGAAGAUCCUUAAUUACUCAACCUCGACUCUUUACUUUUAGUGAGUACUUUAAAGAGAGAGAUAAGGCUGAAAUAUUUGAAUAUUACAAUAACAAAUUCACAGAUAAGAGAUACAUCAUGUACACUCAAAAAUGGAGAAAUGAUUUAGAAAAGAAGGCUAAACGCAGAGCCAGACAUUAGGAAUUGGAAAGACAGAGGGUAUUACUAAAUUUUGAUUUAUUUAAUAGACUCUUCCUGUGGCUUAAGAAUGCAAAUUUAUUGUGCAUGAUUAAUUAAAAGGUAUCGAAUUACCAACAUCUCUUAAAUUUGCAGUUUGUAAAAUUGGAAGUAGCUAAUAUAAAGUUGUAAAGGAUGAUUAGAUCAUCACAGAAUUUAUGGAAGGGUUGGACAUUAACACAACUAUUGAGUUGGAUCAAGUUUUGAUGGUUGGAGCUAAAGAUUAUACUGUUUUGGGACGACCAUUUGUGGAGAAUGCAAAAGUAUUAGCAACAGUUGAAUAAUAAACACUAAGUGAAAAAGAAUUGAUUUAUAAAAAAAAGAGACGCAAGAGAUAUUAGAAAUCUCAGGGACAUAGAUAAAAGAUCACAAUAUUGCGAAUUAAUGAAGUGGUUCAUGAUGUUAAUGAUCAGUUAUUAAAUAGAGCUGUAGCAUUAAUCUGA